CGCCCCUUCCCGCGGUCGCAGCCUCGCGCCUGCCGCCGGCGGCAGCGAGUGAGGGGAGCCGAGCUGAGCCGAGCCGAGCGAGGUUUUCUUUGCCAAAUUUCCCACAUGAUGGAACAAAUCUGUUCUUGACCAGCAUGGAUAUGUAGACCUUUUCAAGAUGGUUAAGAACUGUGGUGAAGAACCAAGUGGAAUGGCAAGAGGAAGAAUCUACUUCUGCUGAUGUUUGAUUUCUAUGCUGGGAGGCAUGGUUUCCUGACAGAAGAGUGCAUUAUAUUUUAUAACAGCAGAUCUUUAUUAAACGUGCCAUCAGUGGUGGUUUUGGAAAGAUGAGAAGACACCCAUUGCAGAACAAUUCAGUGAAGCUGAAAAUAAUGUCUAUGAUGCAUCUGUCCAGCUCCUUAGGGGGGUAGCAGUACUGGAACAGGCAUCACCUGAGACUCGUAAUCUACCAUCAGAAAUAAACUCUGGCCAGCUAGAAAGAUGGUGAUGUUAAAGCACCCUGACCUGACAAGUCUACUUCUUCUUUCCUAGGUCUGCUGUUUCUGUUAUGUCUGUCCCAGUUAUGAGAGCUUUUUUUGUGACUUUUGAGCCUGGUGCUGUCAGCCUCAUGUGAACAAACCAAAACAAAAAGCACGCUGUUUUUUAGAAAACAAAAUGCCACGGAGAAGGAAAACUGGUGGGAGUCCUUCUCAGAAGAGUGGCAAUUCUGACAGAACUGCUCUUGCUGUAUCCCAAGGGGACCCAAGUCACUUAAUGUCUCAAGCAGUGCAUUAUGUCAAUAAGGAAGAGCUUUUCAACAGCAUGUCAGAGAUGUUUUCUAUCCUAGAUCCUAGCGUGGUUUAUAUGGUUCUGUCUGAAUGCGAUUUUAAAGUAGAAAAUGCUAUGGAUCAUCUUCUAGAGCUGUCCACUCAUGCCAAAGGAGUAGCAUCUUCAAAAACCUUGGGUUUUGAUUCAGCAGCAGCAUCAUUAGCUCUUGUUAAUCAGCAAAGGUCUGUUGCAAAUGAAAGAAUGGUGGAAAGUACUGCAGAACAAAGUAAACCUGGAGAAGCCAUAGAAAAGGUCCUGUCAUCUGAUGUGCAGCUGACUGAAGAACUGGAUUCCUUAAUAGAAAAUGCCUUUCAGAGUUACAGCUUAAGUGAUGAAUUACCUAAUUCUGCAAAUGACCAAAUAGUACAUAAGCACCCUGUGGAGCACGAUGGCUUAAUUGAAUUUUCCGAGUGGGAGAAAUCUGAUUCAGUUCGCAAUGUCCUAUUUUUUCCACAGCAAGCAGAGACAAAUAAUGAGGUUUUAGAAAACUUCUGUUCUCAGCCACCAGUGAGUCAGCUGAGCAUCCAGACAAGCUCACCGGCUGCAUCAGGCACUUUUACACAGAUAAUGGAAGAUUCUGAUUUGUUGGAAAUACAUGCUCAACAUGAUGUAGCUUCAGAAGUGUACAAACAAUUAAAUGGAGAAAUAUCAUCUGAAAAUUCUGAUCAGACACAAGAUACUGUUUUGGAUCAAAGUAGUGUCACUCCUCUUUCUGGUGAGUCCUCCCAAAGCCCUCUGGAACUUGGAGUAACUGUCACUGGAGAUCCUAAUUCAAGGUGCCUGGAACAGCCCAAAGAGGUAGUGACUGCCUUUAACAGCUACCAGAGCACUUCUCUUCCAGAGGCAUAUGUCUCUCUUGAAACAUCCAGUUUGAAAACACAAAAACCUGCAGAUGUUCAGCAAACUCAGCAGGGUUAUAACUUAAAUUUUUCUACACCAUCAGGUCAAUCACAGCAACGCUGGAAUCUCAUGGCUCCUGUGUUUUAUCCAUCCAGUAGAAGUCACAGCUUUGUAGUUCCUGUGGCUGCCAGUCCAGGGCAGUGGAGACCUGGUUCAGACUGUAGGACUUCAGAAAAAGGACUUUUUGUUUCCUCCCCAGUGGUUUCAAAUGCCUGGGAUAGCAACCCUUCUCUGAAGGUAUGGGGAAAUCAAGAUAGAAACUCAAAAUUGAACCUCUCGCAAGUACAGCAACCACGUGUUUGUCACAUGAUGAGAAAAAAGAUGCAUCUUAUAGGUCAAGUACUUGUUCUUCUCAGAGGUGUUCCAGGAUCAGGAAAAUCAUAUUUGGCAAGGAAUAUCCUUGAGGAUAACCCAGGUGGAGUAAUUCUUAGUACUGAUGAUUACUUUAAUAAACAUGGACAAUACCAUUAUGAUCCCAAUUGCUUAGGGGAAGCGCAUGACUGGAACAGGAAACGAGCCAAAGAAGCAUUUGAAAUGGGAAUCACUCCUAUAAUUAUAGACAACACAAACAUACAAGCAUGGGAGAUGAAGCCUUAUGUUACUUUGGCUCAGCAGUUCAAAUAUGAAGUAAUGUUCCGAGAACCAGACACUUGGUGGAAGUUUAAACCAAAAGAACUUGAAAGGCGAAACAUUCACGGUGUAUCUAAAGAAAAGAUCAAAAGAAUGUUGGAACGAUAUGAACGCUGCCUUACUGUUAGAUCAAUAUUGGAUUCUUCAGUUCCAGACAAAUCAGAAGCUGCUGGUUGGAGUGAAGAUCCUUCUCAGGAGGAAAGCCAUAGUUUGUGUUUCAGAAAGACAGAGGCACAUUCUGAUGCAAAGGAAGAACCACCUUUUGCUUUUGAUGCGGAGCCUCUUGAAUUAGCUGAAGUUGAUAAAACUUCUCCCCGUAAUUCUCUAAUAUUAGAAAGCAGCUGUGAUCCUGAACGUUUUCAGCAAGAGGAAAAAGAAAUGAAAAAUAACUCAGUGGAACGCAAUUCUGAGAACAGUGCUGUUCAAGAUGACUUGGAUGUCUGUUUAUCAGAGUGCAUCGAAAAAGACCUGCCCUUGGAGAAGAAAGAAGAAAAGGGAGAAAAAGUAGAAAAAAAUGCUGAAACAGAAAUAGAUGAUGUUGAUGUGAUCACAGCUGAAGAGACUGCGAAUUUGCAUACAGGAGGAGCUGAGGAACACAGUGAUAACAACACUGUCAAUGUUCAAACUGCAGUUCAACAGUCAGGUUCCAUGUGUAUGGAACCAAAAUCAACACAAACUAGUAACACAGUGGAACCAAGCAGUUCAGCUUUUGACACGUCAGGGAAACCUGAACUACUAAACUUCCUGGGUGACUGGCCUGUAGAACAAACAAUGGGACAGAGAGUCAAAAGAUCUAGAAGACUAGAAAAAUCUUCUCUGAAGAGUGAUAAGGAAAGUGAAACUCCGUGUCAGCAGCAUCCUGAGAUUGGUAAAGAGCAAGUGGGCCUGCCUGAGACAUACACUGUUGAGAGAGGACAUGAGAAAGAAAAUCUAGCCUCUAGCUGCUCCUCUAUUAGUUCAGAUAAAGUUACACUGGAAUUGCAAAUGGUAGGACAUUGGCCUAUCUCAGCCUCAUUAGAACAGAGACAACAAAGGUCAAGGAGAAUGAAAACGACAAAUCAGUCUGAUGAAGGUAGAAAUCCUGAAGGUGACAUUGACAUAAAUGCUCUUGAGACUGUAGAUGUGCUUUGUGGGACACCUGUGAGCACUGCAGAGCAACCAGAUAUAAAGAGUUUUCCUAUGCACCAAGAUGAAAUAGUAGCCAGUGAAACAGGAGGUGAGGAAAAAAACCAGCAAAAUAAGAGAACAAAGAAACAUCACAGAUUAGCCCUCACUUUUACAAACAACAGUUUGCCCCAUCCCAAAGAAGAGGACCACUUGUCUAACCUUAACACUACAGAAGAGAAACAGGACAAGUACUUAUGUAGACAAAAAAGUAGCCAUUCACAGACUGAAUCACAGGACUUUGCUCUCCUGUGGAGAUUAGAAAAGAAAAUGCUUUUUCCUGACACUACCAAAGUAUUGCUUGGCAGACUAGAUGGCUUCAAACCCAAACACAUUGAUAAUGCCUCAGAUUCUCAGGAAAAAAUACCAUAUCGAGUUACUUAUGAUAAAAGUACGUUUGUAGAAGAAAGUGAACUUACCAAUAUUGAUGACUCUGAAAAGCUGGAUACACUGUGUAAGCUCUUUGAGUCUGUUUCAUUUGAAGCUCUGAAAGAUCUCUAUGAAAGAUGUAACAAAGACAUAGACUGGGCCACAGGUUUGCUGUUAGACUCUGAAGAAAAGUUAUGCAAAGCUGUUGAUACCGAAUGCUUUCAGGUAAGAGAAGCUGAGCCAGUUGUCGCAGACCUUGAUUUCAAGGCAAGUACAAACUGUGGUGAGAAUGUCAAAGACGGUGAACAAACAGCGAAAGUAAUUGGGGCUGGUGGUAUCUCUGAGGCUUCAGAAGGUAAGAACUCAUCACUCAGCAUUGCAGAAAGUAGGGCUGCCAAGGCAGCUGUGACAGAUGCUGAUGUACCUGACUCAUUCACUGCUGCCUCACUGAAUGAUACAGAGGAACUGAAAAAUUCCAUGGACGCAGCCCCUAGAACCGACACAAACAGCUCAGCAGCAGGUGUCACUGAGCUGUCCAUUUCAGGAAAGCAGUCUGUGGAGUCUGAGAGUCUUGUUGAAGAAACUGUAAAUAAGCCAUCACUUUUACAACUUGAUGCAGCCUUCUGUACACCCGUGACUUUGCCUCAUGGUCCUAACGCAACUUCUACCAAUUUGAAAUGUGGAUUAAAUAAUGAAAGUGACAUUAAUCCUUCAGAAGGCAAUGCAGAGAAUUCCAAAGUGACUGCUUCUUUACUGGAAAUGGAUCAUGUGCUUCUGGUCAGUUCUAGGAGUGAUAAAGAAAUGGAGGUGGAUAAAGAAACCUGGGAAAGUUCUGAGGAGAUAUGUGGUAAAGAAGAAGUUGAAAGUCCAAGCUGGUCUGCAGCUAAAGCCAAGAGACAAAGCCCUAUACCAGCAUCACAUGCAGCUUUCAGUAUAGAUUGCCUAGAACUAACAUUACCUCCUGAACUGGCACUCCAGCUGAAAGAGAUAUUUGGGCCUGUUGGCAUUGAUGCAGGAUCACUGACUGUUGAGGAUUGUGUGGUUCACAUUGAUCUAAAUUUGGCAAAAGUGAUUCAUGAAAAAUGGAAAGAAUCUAUUCUGAAGCGUCAGAGGAGAGAUGAAUCAUGUAAGUUGUCUGCAGAAGGUCCUACUCUGAUUCAGCAAAUAGAUACAGAUGACUCAGAAAUGCUGCUAUCUCAGAAUGCAGACAGUAAAAUACAGAAGAAAAAAAUGAGCUGGGCUUCAGGCACAUCUAAUGACAUACAGAUGAAAAAACCAGCAACAUCAGACGUUUUUCCUUUUAUGGAUCACUGGAAUGCUCAGAUUCAGAAAGUUUCUCUCAGGCAAAUAAUUUCUGAAGAACUAGCUAUGCAGGAGAGACAGGACAUGAAUCGUGUUCCUUCUACGGCUAGAAAAGACUGUGCUGCUAAACUAAAGGAGAAGCAACUUUUUGAGAUGUUUCCAACUAUUAAUCAAAGUUUCUUAAUGGAUAUCUUCAGGGACAACAACUACUCUUUAGAACAAACUGAACAGUUUCUGAACUGUGUCCUGGAGGCAGAUCCUGUAAAAACAGUUAUAGCUCAAGAAAAUGUUCAGCAAAAUGAAAUUGUUACUUCCUACAGUGCAAAAAACCGGGAAAAGAAGGCAAAAAAAUGUAAGGAAGAGGAUGAUCCUUUGAGUGAAAUAUUUCAAGACUUUGAGUAUCCACAAUAUGAUGAUUUAAGAGCAGAAGCUUUUUGUCACCAACAAAAGAGAAAAGAAUGUUUGAAAAAGGCUGGGGAGGCCUAUCGGAUGGGUAUGAAGCCUGUGGCAGCAUUUUAUGCACAUCAGAGCACCAGCAGACUGGUGGUAAACCAUAUCUCACUGUUAUCACGGGAAGAGGAAGCCAUAGUCAGGGAGGAGUUGCUCGCAUCAGACCAGCAGCUAUCAGAUACCUCACAACCCACAACUUCAGGUUCACAGAAAUAAAACCAGGUUGCCUGAAAGUCAUGCUCAUUUGAGGAGUUGUGGAGAAGAGGAAUAUAGAAACUGAGGUGUUGGAUUACAUCCAGAUUAUAGAAAAAAGACCGAUGUUUUGAACAACUGUACCAGUAUUUUGUAAUCUGUUUUAAAGGAUGAUAUUUUAUUAGAAAUUACUUCAAUUUACACUAAGUGGUUUUGUCAUAAUGUUUCCAAUAAAAUUUUUUUGUGAAAUGGAUCCUUUUUUGAACCUGCAAAAAAAGAAGAUACUUAAAGGAUUUGAAGUCUCAGAAAUGCAGAUCAAGAAUUUUGCUGAGAAAUACGUGAUGUCUUAAAGGGAAGUUAAGGUACGAUUUUUAAAUAUAACUGUCUUCUCAGCAUACCUAAUCUAUUUCUUUUGACCGUCACACAUUUUGAUUGCCAUGACAUCUGUGCUUUUAAAACAUAGUACCUUGUACAAAGUUACUUUGUGAUUCAGAACUUUGUGCUAAACCCUUCAGAAGAACAAAAGGAGAGGGUGAAACUGGGCAACUACUGAUAUUUCAAAUACAGUUACAGCUGAGUGCUAAAUAUUUCCAGGUUUCUUCAAAAGUCUGCUUUAGUGGUUAUGUUGUGAUGGGUUGACCAGUUCUGUUGUCUUUAUUCCAUUCUAAACUUCUCUCAAGUCUGGAAGUUGCGUAUAAUGGCCUGUGCAUUAAGACCAGCUCUGUGUUUGGUAAUUUUGCAGACUUAAUGUGGUGUGUUAAAGGGAAACCCACAAUGCUGUAGUUCAGCCUCUUCUUACACAUGGCUAAUACUGUAAUUUUGCAGGAAAUGCCCUUACAUUUUUGCCCUUACCAUCUACUGGAUUAAAAGUGUUUCUUAUUUUAUGGCUUUUUAAGUGAACCACAUUGAGUACUCUUUCACUUAAUAAGUGUCUAAUAGUGAUGUCUUCAUUCUCUGUGUAUUAAGUUUGGUUUCCUUUUAGAAAAUAUGAUUGUGAAACAUUUUAAAUGUAUUUUUAACAUCAAAGUGAAUGCUAAUACUGCACUGGUAAUUGCCUAACUGGAAAGUCUGGGAGUACAAAAGUUCUGAUUUUGGUGGUGUGGCAUAAGCAUCUAGAAAUACCUAUGUAAAAAAAAAAUCCAAAACAACAUAGAAAAACUGCAAACAAAACCUCUCCACAAUGAAAUAUAAACAUCUGUACUUUGACAAGUGUUUCCAGUAGACAAUCAGAACACUUUUUAAAAUAGAAAUAUCUUCUAGAAUGCAUUACUACUUUUAUUUACUUCUUUGCCUCUUGAAAUAUUCAUAUUCUUAAAAUAUGAAUUUUGUUUUAAGGCUUUUUCAGAACAGGUCUGAGUUUUGUAUUAGGAAUAAUAUUAAUAGGUUAAAGAUUAAUGGGAGUGUUUUUAAAGUUUUUAACCACUUUUGCAGGACCUACAUGCACAUAAGAGUUUGUGUAUGAAUCCAUAUGUGUGUGCAAGUUCUGCCAUUUGUGUGCAUGGGUACUAAUAAGCAAGGAACUUGUGUGAGAAAAGCUGUCCACGGAAAUGGAUUUCACUUGAAAAUGUGUCUGUAUAAGUUGCUGACAAGCUGAAAGACAUGGUGUUUCCUGAAUACCCAUGUUUACUGUGAUACAUACACAGUGAAUGUAAUGCACAGUAGACUUAAAAAUGAGUUUGUCAUGCUUCAACAGAUAUAAUAGUGUUUUCACGGUAAUUUCAAGUGGAAGAGUAGCUUGAAUAAUACUUAAUCAAAGGGACUCUUUCUAAAAUAAUAGACUACCAUAAUAAGUUUUAUAUUUUUUGUGGGUACUUAGUUCAUCUGAAUUGUGUCCUUUCUCUGUUUCUUUCUCUCGGGCCUGCUCUGAUAACCAGUGGUGAAAUUCAAAAGACCUGUGUUCCCCAAACAGCACUAGCAGAGCACUGCCACUGCACGAUGUCCUGUGUGGUGAAGCCCACACUUCAUCCUCUGUGACAGUGCCUAAAAUGGACUGAGGUGCCAUUUAGGCAGUUGGCCUCAAGACAACAGUUCAGACUAUCAGCUGUCUUGUCCCAGCAGAGCUAGGAUUUUUGUUUUUUACCAAGAGCUGUCCCUUGUGCUCCUGAACAGGUUGUCCUUAGUGCUACUGUUUAUAACAAAUUAAGGUACAACUCUCUGGGACAGCUCUUUGAAGUACCAACCCUGUUGAUUGGCCUGAGUGGCUGUUGCAUGUUGAGCUUCUGGAUGCCCAAGCCCUACAGUGAUGUGCUUGUAAACAGGAAAGUACCAACACUUCUGGUUUUUUUGGGAGGGAGCCUGAUUCAUUCAAGCAUAUUCAUACCAUUCCCGACAUGAACAAAGACAGCUUAGAUUUUAUUUUGAAAGAUGAACAGAAAGAGUUGUUGUCUUGUCCAUCUGUUCAUCAUAAUCUAGUUGACAACUUUACCCUGGAGAUAAGAAACACUCAGCUUUUUGCCUUCUGGCUUCACAAGUGGAUGAUAAUGGUGGCACUUGACUCUCACUUCCCCAGAAAAUGCUCUGACCAAUGUGCUCGGGACUAUUUUUGAAGUUGCCACUUCCUGAGCCUCUUUCAAAAUCGCCACUGCAAGCUAAGAGUGCAAGAUCAAGGGGACAAAUGAGGUUGAAGAAUUAAAAGUGCAUAAACAAUCUCUGGAAGUAGGCCAGGACUCUUCAGAAAAGCAGCUGUCCCCGCUGAGCUUCAGUGUCCUUCCAUAUUAUUUUUCCAUCUCUUAGUCCUAUUUGGAUAAAUAUGUUUAAAAUGUUCAGGGCAAAGCCUCCAUUGCUCCACCCAUUGCUUGGAGAAUUUUUUUUUCAGUCUGUCAAAAGUCAGCAGAGAAAUUCACAGCUUAAGAGCAGUUUGGGGUAGUUUUCUCUCUUCCUCUUUUAAUUGCCCUUUUGGGUACAGGUUGAAGUUCGCUAGAGUACUCUACUUACUAAACCCUGUCUGGUUAUAGGCUGAUCAUUCACCUAGUAUAAGUUGUUUGACUACCAGCUGAACUCUGA